AUGCGACGCAUCCACUGCGAUGGCACGACGACAAACAUUUGGCCUUGCCGGGCAUGUCAGGCUGCUCGGUUCCACUGUGAGCCUCCAGGCGGUUCAUUGCCACCAGACUCAUUAUCGCAAUCAUUUUACCACAGCCCCGAACCGUCCCAAUCCUUCAUAAGAGAGAGCCUUCCAUUCCUCGAUGUGACGACUCUGGGGACCCUGUUUUAUGCUACGUCGCGCGUCGAAACAAAGGUUGACCUCCACGGCAUCAUUGAUAACGUCUUCUUCCUGGCCAACGGCGAGUGGACAAGCUACCAACCCAACUACCUGUCGUGUAGAUGCUCCUACUCGCUGUCUUCACCCGACAGCGACAGCGACAAGAUCAAGCUGAAGCCCGAGUUCUCUACGCAUUCAUUCGAUGUAAAAGGUUUCGCUGUGAGCAUAUCUGCCAUCGAGUGUGACUGCAAACCUUAUGAGUCCUGCGUCGAGAUCGUUCAACAUCUAGCCCGUGGCGAAGAUGGACCAAGUACAAGAGCUCCGGCGAAAGUAAAGCUGAGGCCCCGAAACCACCAAUUCAGCAUCACGGGAGUGACAACAGCCAGCCAUCGGCUACGUGCCAGCGAAUAUACUUUCGAUCAACUUGAAGUCAAGACGGCCACCGCCAGAGAUGGAAGAGAGCCGCGCGGCCAAACGUACUUCCAGCUAGUCCUCGAGCUGUGGGCCGACUUGGGCUCGCAGUAUUCGGCGCGGUUCAUGAAAGUCGCCUACAAGAAGUCGGUCACGGUGACUCUAGGAGGACUGGUCCCACGUCCAAUCAACUUCCCUUCUUCCAACGCACAUAUGAAGCCAUCAGCUGGCACUGACGAACAGCUAUCACCAAUGCAACCACCGCUCCCGACGACUCGCGAACUCCAGCGCCGUCUGCCACACAGGGGCUUCAUUUCAUGGGCUAAAAAGAUGUGUCGGCCUAGGCUUAGGCCAGGAUAUCGAAGGAUCGAAUGGACUUGCGAUUGCGGUGUUGACCUAUAUGGCGAUUUUUCUCAGGAGGAGCCAUCAGACUUGGACGCCCUAGAAGCAUCACUUCGGUCUCCGCCGGAAACCACAUCACCCGCGACCGACUCAACCGACGCCGAAAGAGUGGAAGACACACCGACAGGCACACCGCAAAGCAACUUUAGCUGGAACACAGGCAGAACAGCAUCCCCCACCUUCACCGAUGCAUCCAGCGUCGACUUACAUGCGAAAUACCUCGCCCUCUGCGUCAACACCGGGGGAAUGUACAAGAAGCUGGCCGAGAUUGAUACGUCACGCAUCAAGUCUGACAGCGAGGUUUUUCACCAGAUGAAGAAGGCGUAUCUCGAGCAUCGUGGUUUGCGCUCUCGCUUGAGCUUCCUCGUCAAGCCUGUGACGGUCGAGUUUGUCCGUUUCACCCUCUGGAACCUCCGCCACGGCUACAUCUCCAUCACCGACCGUCCAAAGUCCAUGCCCCCCAAAUCCAGCAUUGACUACGACUUCGUCCCCCCGCCCAUGACUCCCGAAGUCUUCAUCCACUACCUCGAGCACGGCGACGACGACCUCAGCCCUAACCGGCACACCUGGCUGCCGCGCCUGCCCCAGCGGCUCAACGGCAAGGUCCUGCACUGCGGCGAGGCGGCCGAGGGCUGGGGCAUCCACGUCGUCGAGGGGCCGAACCGCCUGGCCGUCUUCUGGAUUGUCAUGGCGACCGUCUUCGCGAGCGUGCUGGCGAGCGUCUUAUGGGCCUCGCUCAUGGGGGACAUUCAAGGGGGGACAGGUCUGGGAGCGUUGAUUAUGGCGUUGCCGGGUGUUAUUAUGGCUGCUUUUCUGUUUCGGUUGGAAGCGACUCCAAGGGAUAUGUGA